AUAAUCUCGGACGGGACGGUAUUGCCGCUCGUCCUCUCGCGUGUGUUGUGCGUUUUUGUGUUGUGGACGUUCCGCUGAGCCGAGGCUCGCGUCUCGCAGAUUCGGGCAACGCCCGGCCGCAUCGCGGCUAGUGAAGUUUAUUGUUUUGGUUUCGAUCUGGUUUUUAUUCGCGUUGUCCAAAAGUGACCCCAGUGAUCAGUGAAGUGUUUCAGUGAGUGCAAUAUGGCUACCCUCACCGUAUUUACGGUCCUCGUCGCCCUGCUCGCGAUUGGAGCAGUGCGAUGCGAGGACGAAACGAUCGGACCGAUAUUCAUGAAGGAACCCCCGAACCGAGUUGACUUCAGCAACACGACCGGAGCCGUAGUGGAAUGCGCCGCCCGAGGAUCCCCCGCCCCUGACGUCAUUUGGGUACGAGCUGAUGGAACCGCUGUUGGAGAUGUCCCUGGAUUGCGACAGGUGCUACCGAACGGAAACCUAGUGUUCCCACCGUUCCGUGCGGAAGAUUACCGUCAGGAAGUCCACGCUCAAGUAUACGCCUGUCUCGCUAGGAACCCAGUUGGUACCAUCCAUUCUAGAGAUGUUAAUGUUCGUGCUGUCGUCUCUCAACACUACGACACUGAUGUGAACAAGGAAUACGUGAUUAUGGGGAACAGUAUUAUACUGAAAUGCCAAGUUCCUUCGUUCGUCGCCGAUUUCAUAGAAGUACUGUCAUGGCACACUGACGAAAAGGAAGACUUCUAUCCUGGCGAAAACUACGAGGGAAAAUAUUUAGUCUUGCCAUCUGGUGAAUUGCAUAUUCGUGAUGUUGGCCCUGAGGACGGUUACAAAUCAUACCAAUGUAGAACAAAACACAGGCUUACUGGAGAAACUCGUUUAUCUGCUACCAAAGGACGUCUUGUUAUCACUGAACCUGUCGGCUCCAAAGCUCCCACUUUUUCAACGGACUCUCGCAGUAGUACUUUCAUAAGAGUCGUCGAUCAAAGUUUCGCGUUAUUGUGUCAAGCACAAGCGUAUCCUGUUCCAAUAUUCAGGUGGUACAAGUUUAUCGAUGGCACGGCUAGAAAGCAACCAGUUGUUCUUAAUGACAGAGUAAAACAAGUUUCUGGAACCCUUAUUAUCAAAGAAGCUAAGGUUGAGGAUUCAGGAAAAUAUCUGUGCGUCGUAAACAACUCUGUCGGAGGUGAAUCAGUAGAAACCGUACUUACCGUAACUGCCCCAUUGAAAGCUACAGUGGAACCCGCCACACAAACCGUUGACUUUGGACGUCCCGCUGUAUUCACUUGCAGAUACGAAGGAAAUCCCGUAAAAACUAUCACAUGGCUGAAGGACGGCAAGGACAUGAACCAUCACGACCCCGCUCUGAGAAUCGAGUCAGUCAAGAAGGAAGACAAAGGAAUGUACCAAUGCUUUAUCAGAAACGAUCAGGAAAGUGCAGGAGCUAGCGCCGAAUUGAAAUUAGGAGGACGAUUCGAACCACCCCAAAUCCGUCACAGCUUCUCGGAACAGACCCUCCGCUCUGGCCCAUCAUUACGUCUCAAGUGCGUCGCCUCCGGUAACCCAACUCCCGAUAUCGCGUGGCAAUUGGAUGGAGAUAAGCUGAACAGUGGCGAGAGACUGCAGAUCGGACAGUUUGUUACCGCUGAUGGAAACGUGGAAUCGCACUUGAAUAUCUCCUCUGUGCACACUAAUGAUGGUGGACUGUACUCCUGUAUCGCGUCUAGCAAGGUCGGCAGCGCAUCCCACUCAUCCCGCGUGAACGUAUACGGUCUGCCGUACGUGCGCCCAAUGAAGAAACGCCCCGUCGUCGCCGGAGACACUCUCAUCGCGCACUGCCCUGUCGCUGGGUACCCUAUCGACUCCAUUGUGUGGGAACGGGAUGGACGUGUGCUCCCAAUCAACCGCAAACAGAAAGUAUUCCCCAACGGCACGCUAGUCAUCGAGAACGUAGAGCGAAUGAGCGACCAGGCCACCUACACGUGCGUCGCUAAGAACUCACAGGGAUAUAGUGCAAGGGGACAACUCGAGUUGCAAGUUAUGGUUCCCCCACAAAUACUGCCAUUUGAAUUUGGCGACGAACCAGCAAACGCUGGGGACAUGGCGUCCAUCUCUUGCGCUGUGAGUAAGGGUGACCAACCUCUCAAUAUCUCCUGGAUAUUUAACGGACAAAUCGUAUCCCGGCACAAUGAUUUGGGAAUCGUUCUAACCAAUAUCAACAAAAAAACUUCCAUAUUGAACAUUGAUUCCGUGAAUGGAAGCCAUAGAGGCACUUUUUCCUGUGUGGCAACAAACGCAGCUGGCUCCGUUAACCAUAGCGCUGUUCUUGAAGUCAAUGUACCCCCACGUUGGAUUUUGGAACCCACUGACAAAGCCUUUGCCCAAGGUUCUGAUGCUAAGGUCGAAUGUAAAGCUGAUGGCUUCCCUAAGCCCCAGGUCACAUGGAAGAGGGCUGAAGGUGAUACGCCAGGUGAUUAUAAAGACCUUAAACCAAAUAACCCAAAUGUUAAAGUUGAAGAUGGCACAUUGACUGUUUCUAAUAUCCAAAAGACAAAUGAGGGUUACUAUCUGUGUGAAGCUGUUAAUGGAAUUGGAUCUGGAUUAUCCGCCGUUAUUCUUAUUAGCGUUCAAGCUCCUCCCCAAUUUGAGAUUAAGAUGCGCAACCAAACUGCUCGCCGAAGUGAGCCCGCUGUUUUGCAGUGCCAAGCUAAGGGUGAAAAGCCAAUUGGAAUUAUUUGGAACAUGAACAACAAACGCCUCGAACCCAAAUCCGACCCACGAUACACGAUUCGCGAAGAAAUUUUACCUGGUGGAGUUGUAUCCGACUUAAGCAUCAGACGCACCGAACGAUCCGACAGCGCCCUGUUUACUUGCGUAGCUACUAACGCCUUUGGUUCCGAUGAUACGAGCAUCAACAUGAUUAUUCAAGAGGUUCCUGAAGCGCCAUACGGUUUGAAAGUUUUGGAUAAAUCUGGAAGAACUGUUCAACUGUCAUGGGCCGCUCCCUACGAUGGAAAUUCGCCAAUCAAGAAGUUCCUCAUUGAAUACAAACGCGCUAAAGGCAACUGGGAAAAAGAUAUUGACAGAGUACUUGUCCCCGGAGACGCAACCGAAGCCGGAGUGUUCAGCCUCAGACCAGCCACUGCUUAUCACAUUCGUAUCGUCGCUGAAAACGAACUCGGAACCUCUGAACCAUCGGAAACUGUGACCAUUAUCACCGCUGAAGAAGCCCCCACUGGAAUGCCGCAAGACGUCAAGGUUGAUGCUGCUGAUAAACAUACUCUCAGAGUUACAUGGAAACCACCCCCACCUCAGGACUGGAAUGGCGAACUCCAAGGAUAUUAUGUUGGUUACAAACUGGCGUCAAGCAACAAGUCCUUUGUAUUCGAAACCGUUGACAUUUCCAAGGAAUCUGGCAAGGAACAUCACCUCGACAUUCUUAAUCUGAAAACAUACACGCAAUACUCGAUCGUAGUGCAAGCGUUCAACAAGAUGGGGUCCGGCCCUGUAUCGAACGAAGUGCGCGCAUACACCGCAGAGGGCGCCCCGUCGGCCCCCCCACAGGACGUGCUCUGUACCACGCUCACUGCGCAAACUAUCCGUGUCUCCUGGGUCUCCCCGCCUCUAGCGGCCGCGAACGGACUGAUUAAAGCGUACAAGGUUAUCUAUGGCCCGAGUGAGACUUGGUAUGACGAGAAAACCAAAGACACAAAGAUCACGGCUAGCAGCGAAACUAUUCUCCAUGGCCUUAAGAAAUUCACCAACUACUCUAUGGAAGUGCUCGCGACUACAAACGGCGGUGAUGGCGUCCGAUCAGCCCCUAUCCAUUGUCAGACUGAACAAGAUGUGCCCGAAGCCCCACGUGCAGUGAAAGCGUUAGUAAUGGGAGCAGAUUCGAUCUUGGUAUCAUGGAGACCGCCCGCGCAGCCCAACGGUGUCGUCACUCACUAUAACGUUUACACGCAAGCGCAGAACGCUGAACCCCAUCCUAAUAAGGUACCCGCAUCUCAAACGAGCUACUCCGCGACCGAACUGAAGGCUGGACGUUACGACUUCUGGGUGACCGCUUCCACCAUUAUCGGAGAAGGACAACCCUCAGCCACCGCCUCUUGCAGCCCUAGUGACAAAGUUCCCGCCAAGAUUGCAUCGUUCGACGAAUCAUUCACCGCUACAUACAAGGAAGACGUUAAACUGCCCUGCCUCGCUGUUGGAGUUCCCCCACCCAAUAUUCUGUGGAAGGUAAAGGGACAUCCUCUAGAAGCCUCGGAACGAGUUCGCCAAUUGCCCGAAGGAUCGCUACAAAUCGCUGGUGUUGCUCGUGAAGAUGCGGGCGAGUACUCUUGCCACGUUGAGAACCAAUUCGGCACUGACACUGUUACACACACGCUCUCUGUACUUGCGCCCCCCUUCCCCCCACAACUGAGCAUCGCAUCUUCCUCCGUAUCGUCGCUCACGCUCCGCCUGAAGCCCCCUGUAGAUGCGGACCAAUCAGCCGCCGGUUACACUAUCCAUUAUAAACAGGAAUUCGGAGAUUGGGAAACUGUUCAGAUUCCAAGCAACACUGACACUUACACAUUGGAAAAUCUCUUCUGCGGAUCUAGAUAUCAACUCUAUGUGACUGCUUACAACGGUAUCGGCACCGGCGAAGCAUCGGACGUAGUGAUCGCCCGUACCCGCGGCUCCAAGCCGCCCGUGCCCCGCGCCGCCGACUUCAUCGAAGUGGGCUCCUCCUCUGUGACCUUGCACUUGAAGCAGUGGCUGGACGGCGGGUGCCCUAUGAGCCAUUUCGUUGUUGAGAAUAAGAAGAAGGGCGCUCCCGAAUGGAACCAGAUCUCUAACGCUGUUAAGCCCGGUGGUAACUUCGUUGUUCUAGAUUUGGAACCCGCUACUUGGUAUGUUUUGAGGAUCACGGCACACAACAACGCUGGAUUCAAUGUUGCUGAAUAUGAAUUCGCUACUCUUACUAUGACUGGAGGUACGGUCGCCCCGUUGCCAGGCAACGCUGAUGAUAAAGAACUGCCCCCAUGGGUGAAAGCUUGGCUGGAACCAGAAGUACUUGUGCCAAUAUUGGCGACGAUUGUCGUGUUCAUUGUUGGAAUGGUCGUGAUCUGCUUAACGCUGGCCAGAAGAAACACUCCGCAUAGACUGCGAGGUCAGAAGGACGCGUACUAUGACGCCGUAUACAAUGCAUCACAAGCUGCACUCGGAGGAGGCGGUGGUACUCUUGACAAACGCGGUGGUCUCCGCGACGAGCUCGGUUACAUCGCCCCGCCCAACCGCAAGCUGCCCCCCGUACCCGGCUCUAACUACAACACGUGCGACCGCGUCAAGCGACAGGCUGUUAUUAUGGGCGCGCACUCCACGUGGGACCCGCGCAGACACCACUAUGAGCGGGUGCGACGUACACACAUGCGCCGAGCGGGUUCCGGUGAUACGCUGUCGACAGGCAUGGAAGACGAGAUCUGCCCCUACGCCACAUUCCACCUGCUAGGCUUCCGCGAGGAGAUGGACCCGAGCAAGGCGAUCGCGUUCCCCCACCACCACCCGUCGCACGCGGGCACGCUGGCCCACCCCCACCCGCACCCUCACCACCCGGCCCACUCGCGCGCUGGAUCUCAGAGCAUGCCCCGUGCUAACAGCCGUUACGCUCGCAAGAACUCACAAGGCGGACAAAGCGCUAUCUACUCUACUGCUCCCGAAUACGACGAUCCUGCUACCUGCGCUGAAGAGGACCAAUACCGUGCCCGCUAUUCCCGCCCAAUGUACGCCUGCGGCCCCGAGUACGACGAGCCCGCGUGCUGCGCCCCAGAGGACGAACAGUACACCGGCGCUUAUGGAACCCCAUACUCUGAUCACUAUGGCUCCCGACCCAGCAUUGGCACCCGCAAGUGCGGCGGGUCCCCCGAGCCCCCCCCGCCCCCGCCCCGCAACGCCACCGCGGACAACAACUGCUCCUCCUCAUUCAACGAGAGCAAGGACUCCAACGAGAUCUCCGAGGCCGAGUGCGACCAGCCCAGGAACUAUCCCGUAAGGGCCCACACUGCCAAGGACGGCUUGCACACCGAGGAAAUGAGAAAACUCAUUGACAGACCAGAAGCAAACACCCCAAUCCCCCAGCAAGCAAUCCACGGGCGGGGACUCACAGCCUACGAUACUGUGGCAGUGUAACCUGUAAAGCGUUACACUCGCGCCGCUCUACGACACGCCCACUCCCAUUCACGCCCUAGUCCUUUAGAUUGUCGCAACCAUGCCGGCGCAAUAUCCGCCACGAUAAUACCAAUUUAAUGAAUAUUUUGCCUUUAUGCCAAUUUGCUUUGCUUAGCGCAGAUAAAGCAAUAAUGUUGCCAGCGGCGUGGUUGCAACAUCUGUCAUGCCAUUUCGUUUACGUGUCGCAUUGUUUAUCGUCGUUUCUUAUCGGUUCUUUUGCACGAGAGUGCCAUAGCAUCAGGAAUUAAUUUUAAAUUGACGUCUCGUCUUGCAAAGUUGGGAAGUCUCAAGUAACGUGUCUCCCGUAGUGCACCCACAACGCGUCACAUAAAUAAAUAGUGUUACCAUGUUUAUCGGAAAUCUAUGGUUGUGGUAGGUAAUUCAAAUUGAUACAUUUCCUUUAGAAACGUGACGUGUACCAUAUUUAUCUCAUACUCGGUACAGUCACUUUCCCAGCUUUGUCAAGACGUCGAAACGAAAGACGAAACGAUUUUUUUUUAUUUGAUCUUAUUUGUUUAGCUUAAUUUAAAGAACGAGUGAUAUUUGUGCUGGUCUUGGGGUGUUAACGGUUUCAAUUUAAAUUAAGCUCAACAUGUAAUAACGAUGUGAUAUUUUGUAUUUUUACCCAUUUUAUUUUUAUGUGAAUUGUACUAACAUUAACGUUAUUUAUAUUUGUGUAAGUUUGUAUUUACACCACUCGCAGCCGCCCGGUUGCUAUAAUGCUUCCUUUACAAUGUUUAAGUUUUAAUUAAUAGUGCUUUUACCAUUUGCGUUAUCAUAUCCUAUUUUAUAUUAUUAUUGUCAUUUAAUGUUUUGCGUUCACAUACACUACUUGAAGUAAGCCUAGAUGUAAGCAUUUUAUUAGUAAUCAAUUCUUUAAACAAUAUACUGUGUAAUCAGUAACUAGUUAGUAUGUAAGCAUUUAACAUUUCUGGCUAAUUUUUAAUUAUACUCAUGAUACAUAAUAAUUCAUUGGAAUAUUCAGUCAAAUAUUAAUUAUAGUAUAACCGAUCAUCCUUGCAGUCUUUGUACUAAAAUAACAAGUGGAAAUAAAAUUCAAUAUGUAUCGUUACCCUAACCGUAAUAUAAUAAGGUGCAUUUUUUAUUCGUAAUAUUAAUCUUUCUAUAUUAUGAUACGAAAUACGUAGAUGUAAGACACGAGCGUGUCAUUUUCUAGAUGUCUCCCUAUAUGUUGUGUCGUGUAAGCUUUGCAACGUAGACUCGUAGAUAGGUUCUCGCGACUUCCUAGCUAACGAUCUCUUCUAUGAACCUUCCAAUUAGAAUUUUUGGAUUAACAUUAAAUAUAUAACUUAAAGUAUAAUCGAAAUUAAGAAAAUUAUUCGAAAUUUAAAAUUAGAUGUUCGAAAUUUAAAAAUCGUACGUUUACUCGAUCCGGUGACGCUAAGUUAAUUAAGUAACCGAGUUUUUUCUAAUCAUAUUUUUGUGGUAUGCUUAUACGGAUGUUUCGUUUGCGGCUUUAUUACGAUUUUGGAUUUGUGCAAAAGGUCAUUCGCUAUUUGCAACUAACUGUUUGUACCAAAGUGUUUUGAUUUGUGUUGAAUAAAGUACUCAAUGUCAACUACA